GGACUCUCGGUCUUCGAGUGCAAUGAAAAGCAAAUAACAGGAAAAAAAAAAAAACCUGCUUUUCGGAUACCCUUUUUCCUUGACUGUGUUCAUGCAUGUCUAGAAAGAGGGAUAUAUUCAUGAAAAAAUUUAGAAUCUUUUUCAUUUGAAAUCAAGGGUUAGAAAGUAUAUGUAUCUUUUCCCGCCAUUAUCUAAAAAAUGAUCUUCAUUGUUGGGGAAAUGGAGUUUCUUUCCACUUCGUCCUCUGAGUCCAGCUUCAGAGAGCUAGAUGACGAGUUCCUGCAGAGACAGGCAAGAAUAUGGCUUGGUGAGAUGCUGCAUGUGAGAUUUGAUGAGAAGACAAGUGUUACUGAUUUGCUUGCUGAUGGAGAAUUGCUGUGUCAAGUGUCCAAGGUAGUGUGGCAAAUGUUGCUGAGAACAAAUCCAGAGCUAUCAGAUUCAAAGGCAUACAUAUCUGAACCAACAGCUUCAGGGAAGAGUGGUGGCAGGUAUCUGCCUUACUUAAAUGUUGAUGCUUUUCUCAAGAUUUGUCAGAUAUUGGGCUUGACUAGUGUUGAUCUUUUCACUCCAUCGGAUGUUGUUGAGAGAAGGGGUACUCGUAGGGUUUGCAUCUGCGUUCGGUCCCUCUCAAAGAAAGCCAGGUCAAGGCAAUUAAAUGUUCCAGAUUUUGACGUUGUUACCUCUACAAUAGCCAUGCCCACAGACAUGGUUGGCUGCAUACGAAGAUGCUUGGAGCAAUCGCAAUGUAGCUCGUCUGUUUCCCUGAGUCAUACUUCAAGCUCCGAACGAAAUCCUAAAAAGAAGUCAUCCAGAGGAGAACUUAUUAGACUGUUUGGCCAUCCGUCAGAGUUCUCUAGUGAUGCAGAAAGCAGUUUAAGGAAUCUAGAUUUUGGAAGUACAGCCUCAAGUACCUCCUAUGAAACGUUUUCCAGAUCAACCCAUUUUUCACCAAGAUGUGGUUCAGUAGUUGAGGACAACUUUUCAACCACACCUCUGCAGAUUCAAUCACCUUUGGAAAACACAUGUAAUGGUGGUCAUUUGGACUUUGAAAUUGAUUCCCACUAUUCUUCAGCAGUAAAAAAUUCUGUAAAUGCAGGCGUUAUAGAUAAAGGGGAUUAUCCUUCAAGAGUUCUAGAUAACCAGCAUACUGUUACUUCAACAGAUGCCUAUAUUAGAGAAAUCUGUAGUUCUUCAGUUCUUGACAAUGAAAUGAUAUUCACUAUCUUCCCAGAUAGUGUAGACUCCAGAUCUGAUAUUCUCUCUAGUUAUGUUCAGGAAGAAUUGGGAAACACACAUGUAUUUACUACACCAGGCGCAUAUCAUGCCACAAGUAAGAAGAUUGUUGAGUCUGGUUGCAACUAUUGUAUGGAGGGAAGCCCCUCUGCAAAUAGCAUAUUUUGGGCAGGCAAAAACAUGGAGGUACUUGGAGAAUGUAUUUGUCAAAUUCAUGUCAAAUCACCUAACAAUAAAUCUGAGUUGAUAUCAGAAUUUAGAGACUUAAACUGCCCUUAUGCGCUAGAAAAUAUAGGUUCCUACAAAAGCCAUUUGUAUGGGCAUGUAUUAGGUCAUUUGGAUUCUCUUUAUAGCUGUACCCUUGCUUGUAACUGCAAUCACAACAGUGAGCUCGCAACUUAUACAAAAUACAUGCUGCCUCAAGGUGUCUUUCCUGUUUCCCAUCUGGAUAGUAAUUUUGUUCAAAACUGUAAGGAGUAUGUUGUUGGGGUUGAUUGUGGUUUAUCUUCAGAACCACAAGGUUCAGAUGUUAAAUACUUGGGUAGAACAGCAUGUCCAAGAUUAAAAUGUCCUUCGGAUGUGGCAAAAACACAUUUUCAAGAAGCAGAAAGUGAUGCAGCAGAUUUUGGUGCGGCUGUCAUUGAGGUAGAACAAAGCGCUAAGUUGAACUUUAAUGGGAAUAAAAAGGAGCUACAACUAAGAUCGAAAAGUUCUGACCGGAGUGUUUUACAUGUGAGAGAUCAGUGGCUUGCAUCAGAAAAUAGAGUUCACGACAAGGUAGAAGCUUUUUCAAUAGUCGGUAUGGAAGAUUCAACUUGUCAACCUUCAAAGCACUGUGAAGAAGAUCCAAUUGAAUUUGGUGCAAAAAACUUUUCAGACCGUUGCUUGGAUGGUUGCUGCAAAAAUAUGUGGGUAGACAAACACAUCAACAGUAAUGGGAAAUCAGGAGAAACAGAUUUGAAAAUUGUCAAAUUCUCUGAUCAUCACAUUAGUAUGGAAAGGGCUGCAGGUGCGCUGAUAACAGAAAUUGAUGCCUUUUCAACCACUGCAUGUUUUUCGGAUCAGGCAACUGAAAAUGUCAAACUGAAUGAUGAGAAUGAGAGAAGACCAUAUGGUUCCCACCAGGAAACAAAUCAACAAGAAGCAGGCAUAGGUCCAUUGUCCAAUUCUAAUGGGAUGCAUGGAAAUAGUGAUGGGGAACUGCCCAAGAAAGGGAGUCGGAAAAAACGCUUGGCUUCUGUUUUUGGGGGAGUGGCAAUCUUCGGUGCAUUCUUGUUGUUACUUCAGAUCCGGAAACCAAGAGUACAUGAUGAAGAGAGAGAUCGUAAGUUUGUGGGGAAAUCUAAAGCUAGCUGGCCUAGUUUCUGGAAAAGGGGUUCAGAAUCGGAUAAAGCGGAAACGGAUAAAGCAGGCCGGGUAUAUCCUGGAGAGAGACUGAAAUUGCUUGACUAGGACUUUAGAAUUUACUUGGGUUUAACCACAAUAUUGUUAGUAGUACUUUUUGGUGGGGUCUAGUUCAUUAACCACCUGAUGAGGCACCUUAUAUUAAUGUCAACAACGUAGCAUCAUAGACUGAUGAAGCCGCUCCUUAGGAUCUAUAGAUUGUAAGAAUAAGGAUCUCAAGAGCAGAGUAAUCCUUUGUUUCAUGCAAAGAUGAAGGCUACUGAAGCUCUGAGCCCCAUUACGCUGGGGAUAUAUAGACCAGUGUUUAGAAAAUCAACUUGGCCAUUUGGUGGAGGCCAGUCCGAGUAACUGCCCGAGUCCAACUCUUUUUUUUUUUGAAGGAAAAUGAAGAGAAAGAACGGUUAUAUAUAAUAUGAGCAUUAUUUUUAUCAACCAAGCAGUAGACUGGCGUGUUGGCAGUGGGGGCUCAAUCUUUUUGGAGCUCCAAAAAAAUGUUUCUUUAAAAGCCGCAUUUGUGUCAUAUAAAAAAAUGGCGUCUUUAAAAGAGUCAUAUUUACAGCGGGACUAACUAGCAGGCAGAAUAUUGCAUGGUUGAUAAAAGUGUCGCGAUUAUUAUGUAUACUUUAUUUUUUUAUUUUCUUUAAAAAAAAAAAAGACCUUGCGAGUUAAUCAGACUUGCAGGAGUAACUUGCCUUGCCCACAGCCUGAGUACCUUGGCCGAGUAGAUUAUCACAGGCUUGCACAAAUGAUAUCCGUCAAUUAAAUUGGUAGGGGGCUUGUUAAGGGCAAUUAUGGUUGCCAUAUCUUCUUUGUAAAUUGGCCUGUAAAAUCAAUUUUGUGAGAUCUUGAAUUA